CAACAGAGAAAAGCAGAACCACUCAACCACACACAGUGCUCGUUCGCAGGCUCACCUCAACACGGCCGUCCGAUGGCGACGGCUACUGUGCCGUCCCCUGACAACGGUCACGACAAGGCUACCACGUCAUCCUCACCUCACCGGUUGGCUGGCGCUGGCCAUAGCCGUCGUCUUCUCUCUAGCUAGCUAACCCCUCCUCAUUCCUUGCGCACCUCAAAACCAGCGCCUCUCAUUCAUUCCUCCUCUGCUUUCUUCUUCCCAAGCAACGUACUAACCGAUGCGACUGGCGGUUCUGGUGCUCCCGGCGGCGGCGGCGGCGCCCAUCGUGCUCUAGACUAGCCAAAGGCAAGCGCUUGGGUGGGGAUUAAUGAUGGGCGGUGUGGCUCAGUUGGUGGUGGUGGCUGCGCUCUUGGCCACUGCGGCCGCCGCGCCGACGGCGGCGGCGGCGGGGGCACUGCCAAGCGAGGUGGCCGUGGGCGCCCUCUUCACGUACGACUCCACGAUUGGCCGCGCCGCGCAGCUCGCCAUCGAGCUCGCCGUCGACGACGUUAACGCGGACGACAAGGUGCUCGCGUGGACCAAGCUCAACUUGGUGUCUAUGGACACCAACUGCAGCGGCUUCCUCGGCACCAUCAAAGCGCCGUCGCCGCUCGGCUCGUCUCCGCCUGCGGCAGCUCUCCUGCACUGCAACCACCGCCAAAGCCGUGGUCGCUUCCCGACGUUCGAGCUCGCGCCAUGGCCGCUCCUCGACGCCCGCCGCCGCGUCGUCACUGCCAUCUGCACUCCCUGCUGCCACCGCCGCGUCGUCGCCGCCCUCCCCGCCGCCUGCGCGUUCCACACCGGCGCCGCAUGCACCCUCUCCAUGUCCACUGCCAUGUUUAACCGCUUUGGAGCUAAUGGAGAAAAAUGUAGUUGCUGUGAUUGGCCCACAAUCCUCUGGAAUAGGCCAUGCCAUCUCUCAAGUUGUCAAUGAGUUACAUGUUCCUCUCCUAUCAUUUGCGGCGACGGAUCCAACUCUCUCUGCAUCAGAGUAUCCUUACUUCUUAAGGACAACCACAAGUGAUUAUUUCCAAAUGAAUGCUGUUGCUAGCAUUGUUGAUUACUAUCAAUGGAAAAGGGUGACUGCUGUAUACAUCGACGACGAGUAUGGGCGAGGUGGCGUCUCGGCUCUCGGUGAUGCGCUUGCAUUGAAGAGGGCACAAGUUUCAUAUAAAGCAACUAUUCCUCCAAAUUCAAACACAGAUGUGAUCCGUGAUGUACUGUUUAAAGCAAACAUGAUGGAAUCAAGGGUCAUGGUUGUGCAUGUCAAUCCUGACACGGGUUUGAGGGUAUUUUCUGCAGCUAAGAAGCUCCAGAUGAUGGCCAGUGGCUAUGUCUGGAUAGUAACUGAUUGGCUAGCUGCUGUCCUAGAUUCUUCUGCAUCUAGAAAUCCUAAAUAUAUGAGUAAUAUUCAGGGAGUAAUUGUUUUGCGUCAGCACACUCCUGAUUCUGAUGCCAAGAACAAGUUCAUAUCUAGAUGGAACAAUGUGGCUCGUAAUAGAAGUAUGACUCCUGGACUGAACUCAUACGGUUUCUAUGCUUAUGAUUCAGUUUGGGCUGUUGCUCGUUCUGUGGAUCAAUUUCUCAAUGCUGGAAACCAGAUCAACUUCUCAACAGAUCCAAGGCUGCACGAUCCAAAUGGCACCACUUUGCGCCUGUCAACUCUCAAGAUAUUCGAUGGUGGUGACCAGAUGCUGCAGCAGCUUCUCCUCACAAACUUCACAGGUCUAACAGGUGCAGUCAAAUUUGAUUCAGGUGGCAAUUUGCUACACCCAGCAUAUGACAUCCUCAAUGUCGGUCGCUCUGGCACCCACUUGAUCGGCUAUUGGUCCAACUAUUCAGGCCUUUCUGUGGCUGCUCCUGAAAUUCUGUAUCAGAUGUCACCAAAUGCGUCCACAAGUACCCAUCAGCUGAACAGUGUGGUAUGGCCUGGUGACUCCACUGAUAUACCUAGAGGCUGGGUGUUCCCGAACGAUGGCCAGCCUCUAAGAGUUGGGGUCCCGGUUAAACCAAGCUUCAAGGCAUUGGUGUCAGGCAGCACCCCUGAUUCUGUGAGGGGUUACUGCAUUGAUGUUUUCAAGUCAGCAAUUAAACUGCUCCCUUACCCAGUUCCUUACCAGUUUAUUCCUAUUGGGGAUGGCACAAAGAACCCUAGUUAUGUCAGCAUCGUUGGGAUGGUUGCUUCCAAUACACUUGAUGCAGCUGUAGGCGACUUUGCGAUAGUGAGAAAUGGAACACGGCUUGCAGAGUACACGCAGCCUUACAUUGAUUCAGGGCUUGUGAUAGUGGCGCCGGUGAAACACAUAACCUCAAGCGCUUGGGCUUUCCUUAAACCCUUCACAUGGGAGAUGUGGUUUAUCACAGGCGCUCUUUUCAUUUUGGUGGGAAUUGUGGUGUGGCUACUUGAGCAUCGGAGUAAUCCAGAAUUUCGAGGCCCUCCAUGUAAUCAAGUCAUAACAAUAUUCUGGUUCAGCUUCUCCACAAUGUUCUUCUCACACCAGGAGAAUACCAGAACCGCGCUCGGGCGUUUCGUGUUGAUCAUAUGGAUGUUUGUCGUGUUGAUCAUCACUUCAAGCUACACUGCCAGUUUGACGUCAAUCCUGACGGUCCAACAGCUCGCGACAGGAAUUACAGGCCUUGACAGUCUCAUAUCAAGCUCUUUACCUAUUGGAUACCAGACCGGAAAAUUCACCAAGAAAUACCUGAUGCUAAACCUCAACGUUCCUGAGUCUCGAUUGGUGCAACUGAACACGAUCGAGGAAUACGCUGAUGCCCUUAACCGUGGACCAAAAAAUGGUGGGGUUGCUGCUAUUAUUGACGAGAAGCCAUAUAUUGACAUCUUCCUGUCACACUACUGCAACUUCAAGAUUGUUGGACAGCAGUUCACAAGGGAAGGAUGGGGAUUUGCAUUCCAGAAAGACUCCCCCCUUGCUGCAGAUAUGUCGACCGCCAUCCUUCAGCUUUCAGAGAGUGGCCAGCUUCAGAGCAUCCAUGACGAGUGGUUCACACAGCCGAGCUGCGCCACCAAUGAUGAGAGCAAUGUGGGUGCAACCAGGCUUGGCCUCGGAAGCUUCUGGGGGCUUUUCCUCAUCUGUGCCCUGAUCUGUCUCUUCGCUGUGGUGGUGUUCUUCAUACGAGUCUGCUGGCAGUACAAGCAGUACUCCAAUUCUGAAGAUGCUGACGAGUCCAAUGAAGCUGGCGCUGAUGGUGCUGGCAAAAGACAGCGGAAGUUGUCACGCCUUGGCAGCUUCCAGGAGAUUCUAAAGUUUUUCGACAUGAAGGAGGAGGAAGUCAUGAAGAGCUCGAUGAAACGACGGCCAGGUGAGAAAGAUAACCAUGCUGCUGGAUUCUAGAUGCGCAAUCAGUGGCUUCAGCAUAGAACAUGCAUCCCCGAUCGACUUCAACGCUAUUUUUUAUACGACGAUCCGAGAAUCUGUCUUUUAUCACGGUUAUUAGAAUUUUGCAAAGAUAUACAUGCUUGGGAAAGGCUACUCAUGACCGCUAUUUUUUAUGAUUACCUGAAUUUAAUUAUGAAGAGUUUACUAA